AUGCGGAAGUCUGGCAAGACCCAUGACGAUAUAGUAGGGACUGCGCAUUUAGAUUUAGAACCAGGAGUCCUUCCAGCCUCGCAUCUAUAUCGCCUACUCGCAGAGUGUUUUGAUAUCAUUGAGCGAAAGCACAUUGAUGCCCCUGACCUCUAUCGUGCAGCAGGGAAUAAGGAGGAGCUAGAUGCAUUGUACCAAUAUUACUGGAAUUACCGGCGCCUUGAUACAAAUGGAGCCUCGGACUUUGCGUCUCUUGCAUCCCUGGCAAAAAGCGCUGUUCGACGACUCACAGAGCAGAAGGAGGACGGGUUGUUUUCGGAUACGUUGCUGGACGAACUCCAGAGGUUUUUCAGGGACUGUGGACCAGAAUUUACAGCAACCGAAAAGAGUAAGAUACACACUUUGCUAGAAAAACACACGUCCCGCCAACAGUUGAGUCUGAUAAUAAUGAUUAUAGUGCACCUUAGUCUCCUCGUCAAGCAUGCCCCUAACUGUACAUGCCGUUCCCUAGAAAUAUGCUGGAACCCUACCCUUCUGGGUCCCUAUCGCUUUCUGAGAUAUAACGGCAUUAUCAGCAGCCUUAUCACCGCGUUCAUGUGA